AUGGAAAUAAAGCAAAAGUACAGCAACAUUUCCUGUUUCCGGGAAACUCAACCCUUAGGCUGUGUGAACAUCCGUUGUACCUUCCAUCAUAGCAAACCUUGUUAUAUAAAUGGACUUUUUUUGCCACUUAGUAACAUUCCUCUCUCCCCAACUCUCCAGCCUUUCCAGGUCACGCGAAUUGGCAGCACAGCCUUGUGGUGUGUCAGUCACCCGUCCCAGUUUUGUGCCAUCAGUAAACUUGGAGAGGGUACCCUCUAUCCCUCCAUCCAGGCCGUUGAUGAAUCUGUUGAACAGCCCCUGGGGGAUACCACUUCUUACAGACCUCCAACUAGUCUGUGUGACAAUGCAUCACGCAGAAACCAAGAGGAUAUUUUACUGCCAAUUCACCCUCCACUGGUUAUAAACAUCAAUGAUGAAGAGGAUGAAAAUGAGGAAGAGGAGGAUGAUGAAGAGGAAGGUAAUUAUUUAUCUAACUGGAUGCCUAAAACUACUGCAGACACUGAAGAGGAAAGAGCAAUAAAGGAAAAAUGCUAUAAAACUGGAGAAUAUUAUAGGAUUCAGUACCCUCACAAAGACCAGUCAACAAAAACUAUGUCUUCAACUCAGGAAAAUGAGCUACUGCCCUCAGAAGUUACUAAGCAAGACUUGCAGAAAGAAACAAACUACACUAAGCUGGUAAAGAACCAUCAGUGUGAAGAAGUAAAGAAGAAAUGGAUUUCUGAGGAGCUAAGAAAUUCACCUAAUAGAGAAACAAACAAAGGAAUUCACACUUCAGACCGCAAAGUAAAACCAAGUUGCCGACACAGGUGUGAAAGGAAGGAUGGUGAGGCUGCUUCUUUUAUACCUUGUGGGAGACAAACUGGAAGAAAGACUGGCUUCAGUUCUGCAGAACGUAGAAGAUCAUCAUACGUAGUCUAUCGUAGUGUUACCCAAGAAUCAAAGUUCAGUGGAUCUACUGACAAAUAUGCUUCAGGAUCUUAUAAUGCACCAACUUGGAGGAAGGGAAAUCCACGAGCAAAAAUGUUCUCGAAGUUUUGA